AUGGCCCCCAAAAACAACGCUCCGACAUCUUCAGGCUCCACGUCAGUGGCGUCCUCGCCCGCUCCCGUCAAGAACGCAUUGAAUCUUGAGGUUGAGCACGCUGUAUUCACACAUCCCGAAUUAUUCGGCGAGUUCCCCACCACGACUUAUGACCCGAUUCCAGAGUUGCCGUACGAGAACCGAGCGCUCAAGGCCGACCCCUCCUUUAAGAAUCGGCUCGCCGACGCGACCGUGACGCACCUAGAACCGAAGAUCGGCACAGAGAUCUUGAAUCUGCAGUUGCACGAACUGACGGACUCGCAGAAGGAUGAGCUAGCGUUGCUGGUGGCCCAGCGUGGAGUGGUGUUCUUCCGCGACCAAAAGAUCUCAAUUGAGGAUCAGUUGGCUCUGGGUCGUUACUAUGGCCCUUUGCACGUGUACCAAACAGUGGCACACGCUAAGGGUACCCCCCAAGUGCACGUUGUUGAAAAUUUGCUUGAAGAUAGCGAGAAGCGCAUCAAGACUCAAGCCCUGGAACCUGUAAACCUGUGGCACAGUGACGUGUCUUACGAGCGUCAGCCACCGUCAUACACGAGUUUCAAGGUCUUGACUACCCCACCCACAGGUGGUGACACCUUGUGGGCCUCUGCGUACGAGGCCGCUAUUGCCAAUGGGAAGACCCUUCGCCGUCCCAUCGUGGAGUUCGAGCACCCUGUUGUUCGUACCCACCCGGUGACUGGCCGCAAAGCACUAUACGUGAAUGCCCAGUUUACCACUCGAAUCAACAAUUUGUCGGCAGCCGAGUCCGGUGCGUUUUUUUCCUCUAUCUUGCGUUUCCUGCAUCAGCACAUUGCGCAGGGACACGAGUUCCAGGUUCGUUACCGCUGGACAAAGGAUGCGGUAGCGAUUUGGGACAACCGCGCCACGGUUCACUACGCCACGUAUGACUAUUUACCCGGCAAUCGCCAUGCUGUUCGUGUGACACCUCAUGGCGAGACCCCGUAUUUUGAAAUCACUAAUGAGCCGUGA